CUCCGAGCUUGGCGCGCGGGACCGCCAUUUUGUGCCUCCCUCGCUCUCGCCUUCCCGCCCAGUGCCGGGCGGAUUGAAUGAGGAGCCGCCGCCAUGUCUUCCUCUACGCCUUCGGCCGCACCUCCGGCCCCCUCCCCGGGCACCCCCAGAGCGUCGCCGUCGGCCGGGACCCCUCUGUCGCCGACGCGCAUCUCGCGGCUGCAGGAGAAGGAGGAGCUGCGGCACCUCAACGACCGCCUGGCCCACUACAUCGAGCGGGUGCGCGCCCUCGAGCUCGAGAACGACCGGCUGCUGCUGCGCGUCUCCGAGAAGGAAGAGGUGGUCACGAGAGAGGUGACCGGCAUCAAGGCCCUCUAUGAGUCAGAGUUGUCGGAUGCCCGGAGAGUUCUUGAUGAGACGGCCAGAGAGAGGGCCAAGCUGCAGAUUGAAAUUGGGAAACUGCGAGCGGAACUUGAUGAGCUUGCCAAGAGCUACAAAAAGAAAGAUGGGGAGUGGUCCACAUCUCAGGGCCGCAUCAAGGAGCUGGAAGUCCUCUUCCAUCGGAGCGAAGCAGAACUCACGGCAACUCUGACAGAGAAGCGCAACCUAGAGGCGGAGGUGGCCGACCUGCGUGCGCAGCUGGCCAAGUCAGAAGAUGGUCAUGCUGUGGCAAAGAAGCAGCUGGAGAAGGAGACUCUGAUGCGGGUGGACCUGGAGAAUCGCUGCCAGAGCCUGCAAGAGGAGCUUGACUUCAGGAAGAGCAUUUUUGAAGAGGAGGUGCGGGAGACACGGAAGCGGCACGAGCGCCAGUUGGUGGAGGUGGAUAGCGGCCGCCAGCCGGAGUGUGAGUCCAAAAUCUCCCAGACGCUGGAAGACCUUCGCCAGCAGCAUGACGAGCAGGUCCGGCUCUACAAGCUGGAGCUGGAGCAGACCUACCAGGCCAAGCUGGAGAAUGCCAAACUCUGCUCCGACCAGAACGACAAAGCUGCCAGUGCUGCUCGGGAGGAGCUGAAGGAGGCCCGCAUGAGGAUUGAAUCUCUCAGCUACCAGCUCUCAGGGCUGCAGAAGCAGGCAAACGCUGCGGAAGACCGGAUCCGGGAGCUGGAGGAGCUGAUGGCUGGUGAGCGAGAAAAGUUCCGGAAGAUGCUGGACGUCAAGGAGAGGGAGAUGACAGAGAUGCGGGACCAGAUGCAGCAGCAGCUGGUGGAGUACCAGGAACUCCUGGAUGUCAAGCUGGCCCUGGACAUGGAGAUCAGCGCCUACCGGAAGCUCCUUGAAGGGGAAGAGGAGAGGCUGAAGCUGUCCCCAAGCCCCUCAACCCGUAUCACUGUCUCGCGGGCCACCUCCUCGUCCAGCAGCGGUAUUUCUGCUGCCCGCUCCUCCCGGGGGAAGCGGAAGCGCUUGGAAAUAGCAGAGGAGCUCUCUGGCAGUGGCUCCAGCGGGUUCGGCACCAGGAGCAGCAGUGCCAGCAGUAGCAGUGCCUUCCAGACUUCCCAGCAGGCUUCUGCAAAGGGCAGCAUCAGCAUCGAGGACGUGGACCCAGAGGGGAAGUAUGUUCAGCUGAAGAACCGCUCUGACAAGGAUCAGUCUCUUGGGAACUGGCGGCUGAAGAAAAAGAUUGGCGAGGGAGAGGAGGUGGCUUACAAAUUUACCCCAAAAUAUGUCCUCCGGGCUGGACAGAUGGUCACAAUCUGGGCAGCUGAUGCUGGGGUGGCCCACAGCCCACCUUCUGUCCUUGUGUGGAAACACCAGACCAGUUGGGGCACCGGGACCAGUGUCCGCACCUACCUGGUGAACUCUGACGGAGAGGAAGUUGCUGUGAGGAGUUUGACUCAGUCGUCUGCUGUGCUGCAAGACAACGGGGAGGAAGAUGAGGAGGCAGAGUUUGGGGAGGAAGACCUCUUUCAUCAGCAGGGGGAUCCCAGGACCACCUCCAGGGGCUGCACCGUCAUGUGAGAAGAAGGAAAACCGUCUCUGCUCGUCUUUUCUCCUUUUUUUGCUCUGUUUUUUAUUUGCCCAGAGUCACUGAAACUAUUUUUAUACAUUGCAUAUGAUCACUCCUUUUUUCUUUCUUUUUUCUUGGAGUUGGUUCCUUAGUAAACUUUUUAAAGAGAGAACUUGAAUCAGCCAGAACUGCCACCAUCUUUUGAAGACUUGCUUUCCCUUUGGAAUGCCCAUGGUCUACUUUGUUGUCUUACUUGCAAGCCAAAGAGUGAUGCAGCUCCAGGAGUUUCCAGGGAAGAGAAAGCAUGGCUGAAGUUGUCACUCUGGAGUGGACAGUCUGCUUCUGUGGCCCUACUGUUCUUGUGCUGGGGGGAGGUGGUUGGGUGGUGACCCUGGGUGUAAGUCUGGCUGUGCCCUCGGGAAACCCCAGUGGUUGUGCAGAUAAAACCAGGUGGCAAAUGUGAGGAUUAAUGAUUGACCCAAGGAAGACCUGGAGCUCCUAGGACAGAACGGCUCUUGAAACUGUUUGGGCAGCUCUGUGGAGCAUGGAGGUCUCAGAAGCUGAGAUGAAGUGAGGAGCACUAAUUUUAGGCAAGGGACGGGGGCUUGUUUGAAGGAUGUUUGGCCCUUCAGUCAUUUGCAGAACUUCCUCUGCCUAAGUUCUGCUGCCAUGCUUUCGAGCAGGGAACAAUCCUAACCAUGUCUACUCAGAAGUAAGUCUUGUUGAUUUCAGUGGGGCUUACUCCCGGAUAAGUGAGGUUAAGAUUGCUGGUUCCUUGCGGAAUGACCCUAGAAACAGGGUUGUAUCAAAUCAAGUCAGGCCCACUGAAUCCAAUGGAUGCAACUCACUUGAAUGCCAUUGAGGGAGAUGAAUCUUACUCUGAUGCAACCCACCAUCCUGGAACGUCAGCCCUUAUGAAGUCUAGAUUUUGUGGGAACUGUUUCUGUAGCUGAAGGCAUUGCCCUCAAAAUCCAGAGUUGAGCCCUCACACAAGAAGCGACUUGUCUGCUUGUCUUGCCACUGGAGACAAGUGGGGAUGUGGGACGUCUUCUGCCAAGUCCCUCUUCCUUGCAGCUCGCUCCACACUGCCCCGAGGGGGCAGAGAAGCUCAGUGUUGCACUGUGAUCAGGGGCUCCCCAUGCCCCAAUGGGUCCCUCCCUUGGGAUGGCACAGGGCAGCCUUGCCAGUUCCAGGGUGCUUUGUUUGGAGGGGGAGUUUAGGGAAGAUGCUGCUGCUGCUUAUUCUGCCCCGAUCUGCACCACCUCCCAGAGUGAGAGGACAAGGUAUGGGCAGAUAGGUGAUAGGUGUCUGGAGCAGACAGGCAGUGACCUCCUCCUAGGGCAGCUCAGCUUCUCCCCACCCCACCCUUGGUCUUGCAGAGUACUUGGCACAGCUGUUCCCCACCAAAGGAGCUGCCUUGGCUGAGUAGCACCCGUCCAAAGGUGCCCUGGAUCCCCUCGAGGGGCAAGCAGGGCUGUGUCUGGGGCAGAGUUGGUGGCGCCAGGAAACAGCAUGUCCCACUUGCAACAGUGGAGGGUUGGAGCUCCUGCCACCCACUCCUGGGACCACAGGGCUGUGGUUCAGUCUAUGAUGCUUUUAGUGGCACGUGUACAGAGAAGAGAUGCAGCCCUGCAGAUAUUCUGGUUCACAGGGUCUUGUGAGGAGGGUGGGAGGGUUGCCAGGCAAGGCUUUGAUCAUGGCUUUGCUGCAGAGCAAGUUGGGUGGGAACGGAUGGGUUGGGGAACAAAAUGUCCUACUUUAUAUUUAAAAAUAUAAAAAACCCCGCCAGAGGUGCUAAUAUUCCACAGGCAUUUUAAUGAUGCCGCAUGGUGUGUUAAUUACCUGUGACAUGUGAUAGAGAAGCUUUUUAGAUUUAGAAGUUGAACUCUGUGUUUCAUGGAGCCACUUGUGGAAAGCGUUCCUUUUGGAAGUAUGGCUUCUGCCUCCCCGUCUUCCGCAUGACGCUCCUCUUGCUCAGCUUGACCACGGGGCUGAGGGCAUUUGCCAUAGACAUUUCCCCUCUGAAUUCUGUUUCUCAGGCCCAGCUUACGAGCUUCUUGGCUGCCUGCCGUGCUCACAUCUGCUCUUCCAAGGCCAGUCUCUUUGCUCCUGUGAAUACUAAAGAUGUGAAAGUGCAAUUGUGCUACUGGGCUAAGCAGGCUGCUCUUGUGCUGGCCUGAGCCACAGGGGAGGAGGAGGGUUCCUGACUGCUCUGCAAAGCUGAGCCAGGGACUUGAGCAGAGUCUCCAAGUGCUGCUGCUUGCCAUGAACUUAAGGUGGCCACUGGCUGUGAAGGGCACCCUCCUCUUGGGGCUCCCUAGCCUGGGGCUGCACUGGACCCCCCCCCCCCACGGAAACUGUCAUUCCAGAACAAUUGCUGUGGAACAAUUGCUGUAGGGUCCCACAAGGUUGUUGUCCCUCACUUUCAGGUGUGUUCAGCCCGGAUGGAUCUCAUCCCACCAAUCCAGUGGUCCCACUUUCUGUCUCUAGGUGGGAGCCCAUCUGAGAGGCCGUUUCCCUCCCAGCCUCAACUCUCAGUCACUUGCUCAGCUUCCACUCUGUUUGCUCUGGGGAGUGGAGUUGUUUGGCUGCAACCUGAGAGACAAAAUGUUUUUUUUUGGGGGGGGGGUUGCCCUUAAAAUGCUUUAGACUUAGAAAUUUGUAUUCUCUCUGAGCUGUUAAUCACAUAUAGUUAUUACAAAAUUUUAAUGCUGCCUUGAAAUGCUAAAGUCUAGAGAGUAAACCCUUAAAAAGAUGUGGGAAACCUUUGGGUUGCUUGCUGGGGGGCGGGGGUGUGUCUUUGCUUCUCACCACAGCAGUGGGAUGACUGAGCAUGUUUCCUCCUCCUGAUGUCUUAGGCAUACUGCUCUGCAGGUGAAACACACCUGCCUGCCCCAUGCCCUGUCAAUUGACACUAAAUCCACAAGCAAUAAGCUAUUCGAAACUCUAAAGAAAGUGUUGCAAACUUUGCCUCUCUUCAUACAGACAGGAUUUCCUUAUUAUAACUUUUAUUUUUGUAGAGUGAAUUUCUGACUUGCAGGUUUUGUUCUUGAAGCGUGAAGCAGCUGUUCUGCGUGGUCGCAGGAAAACUCUAGAGUGAAUGCUGUGGAAGAGAUGGCGUUGGCAUUGCCCAUCCUUUCGAGGAAACCGAUCUAGACGUUAGCAUUUCAAAUUUGUUUUGCUUUAUUAUGGAUAUGCAUGCCAAAUUCUGUCUUUUUUCAAGGAUUUGUAAUAUACCUUUUCUGACUGGAAACCUUUUGUACGAAACACUCCAAUAAAUGUUUUGCAUUUUUA